AUGAGCGGUGACCGUUUGUCGCUCAAAGGCACCGAGCUAUUUUACACGGUCGAGGGUUCCGGGAGUCCUGUGCUACUCAUCCAUGGUUGGACAUGCGACCAGAAUGACUGGGCCUUCCAAAUCCCUUACCUCAUAUCUCUCGGCUUCUCUGUGAUCGGCUUAGACCUCCGCGGCCACGGACGGAGCACGUUCAAUUAUGAUUCCGUUUUCGACCCGCUGACUUUGGCAAAUGACGCUAUUGCAUUACUCUCACAUCUUGGUAUCGGUCGCGGCAACGAAGCGAUUGUCAUGGGCCACAGCCUAGGUGGGGUUGUAGCGAAUGAAAUUGCGUUUCGACACCCAGAAUACGUCCGCGGUAUCGUACUAGUCGAUCCGGCAUACGAAAUGCCAGCAGCAGCGUUAGAUCAUUUCAAUCAGCUCCUAAAGAAGAACAUCGACAAAUGUCCAGAAACAGUGACCGACUUGUGGAAUACGGCCAAUCUAUAUCCGCCGAAUACGCCUGUGUGGUUGAAGCCUUGGCAAAGGCGAAGGACGUGGGGCACGAACCCGCGCGUUGUAACUGCUUCUUUCGAUCAGAUGGCAUCGUACUUAGGACAAUCGGGGGUCGAAUACUUGAAUAAGACGAAGAAGAGGGACAUCCCAAGGCUCGUGACCUGCGCUCUUAACACAAGCGUUGAGAUCGAGAUGGAAGCUGGGAUGGACAGCUCGUUCGAUAGGGUGGAACUGACUGGCUUACCGAGAGACGAUUCAUAG